UGUCGUCUUCGGAACCGAGUCGAAUUCAGUCGACGGUUGACUUUCAAGCGAAAAGGUUUGGGAUCCUGGGAGUUGAACAUAGGGUUUUCCCCCAAGAGUGCACCAAUCAAGGAAAGAAAUAGUGAGGAGAAGUAGAGUGAACAUUGGUAUCGAGGACACGGCCUACUAUUAGGUCCUUGAAGCUUCAAUCCGAAUUUAGAGCUAGGUGAUCUGUUACGUGACUCCAAGGGCAGCUAGGACGUGGAAUCCUUCCACCUAAGUCAAUUAUAUUUGGAGUCUAAGAUCUCGAUUAAACGAUGAGUAAUAAUGGACCGGGGGUUACAAACCCCAUGCUGUACGAUCCUCCGGAGGGACAGGCCUCCAAUACGAAGCUGAUGCAGUUUGUAGCUGGCGUUGGAGUGUCCAUCGCCGCCAUCAGUGCCGGAACCGCCCUCGGAUGGACUUCGCCAGUUCUGCCGCAGCUGGCACUUCCGGAAGCGGGAAACGAUUCCACGACGGCAACCGCCAGCAGUAACAACACCGAUGCCGGUUCGGGUUUCUAUCUCACAGCUGACCAAGGUUCAUGGGUCGGAGCGUUCCUGGCGGUGGGUGCUUUCUGUGGUGCCCUUCCUGCCGGAUACCUGGCGGAGAAGAUCGGUCGCAAGUACACCACCAUGUCUCUGGCCCUGCCCUAUCUGGCCAGUUGGGCCCUGAUUAUCUUUGCCAGUGGAGCGGAGAUGCUUUACGCCGGACGAUUCGUGAUUGGUAUUGCCACUGGAGCUUCCUGUGUGGUGGCCCCGAUGUUCAUCUCGGAGAUUGCCGAGACUUCGAUUCGUGGUGCGCUGGGUGCAUUUUUCCAGCUGUUCCUGACCGUGGGAAUUCUGUUUGUCUACGCAGUCGGGCCGUACACGUCAUGGACUACGCUGAGCGUCCUGUGUGCCAUAUUCCCAGUGUUGCUGAUUGUGGCCAUGUUUAUUGUGCCGGAGAGUCCAACGUAUCUGGUGAAACAGGGUCGCCGAAGUGACGCCGCCGCUGCUCUCAAGUGGUUCUGGGGACCGAACUGCAACACACAGAACGCCGUGGAAACCAUCCAGGCCGAUUUGGACGCUGUCAAGGGUGAAGCCAAAGUGUCGGAUCUGUUCACCAAGGCCACCAACCGGAAUGCGCUGUUCAUUGCUCUACUGUUGAUGUUCUUCCAGCAGUUCUCCGGUAUCAACGCGGUCAUUUUCUACACCGUGCCGAUCUUCCAGUCCGCUGGAAGUACCAUGGAUCCGGCCAUUUGCGGAAUCGUUGUCGGAGUCGUGCAGGUGUUGAUGACCUUUGUUUCCUCGGUGUUGAUCGAUAAGGCCGGUCGUCGGAUUCUGUUGCUGCAGAGCAGUUUCAUCAUGGGUUCCUGUUUGGUCGUUUUGGGGGUGUACUUCAAGCUGCAGAACGACAAGACCGACGUGUCUGGAAUUGGGUGGCUGCCGUUGGCUUCGGUUGUCCUGUUCAUCAUCAGCUUCUCGUUGGGCUUCGGACCUAUUCCGUGGAUGAUGAUGGGUGAGCUCUGCGCACCGGAUGUCAAGGGAUUGGCCUCGGCCUUGGCAGUCAUGUUCAACUGGACGUUGGUGUUCUUGGUCACGAAGACAUUCGGCACGAUGCAGGAGAUGAUCGGAUCCGACUGGACGUUCUGGUUCUUUGGCUUCUGGAUGGCGGUGUGCACGUUCUACGUAUUCAUCAAGGUGCCGGAAACCAAGGGCAAAACCAAUGCCGAGAUUCAGGCGUUACUCGGAGGAAAGAACUAAAUCAAGAGACUGGCAGCACUAUACUCUACAUAUAGCUUAUAUGCUAUUACGUGUAAUACCCUGUACUCUCGACGUAACGAGAGAGGGCGCUUUAAUUGUAAAAAUAUGUAUGUCUUGAGGGCCGGCCUUGCGCAAUCUUUGUGGGAAAGAAUUGGCUUGCAGGAAAAGAAAAUUUAUGAAGCCACCAAAGAGCAAACGGAGCACAAGCUCCGUUGAUGAGGCAACGUGUUUCCAAUCGGGCAUUCUCUCACGAUAGAUACUAGCCAAAAGAUAUUGGAGCCGGGAGCAAUCCAUCUAGCAGGUUUGCCCAAAUUUUGUAUAUAUUGUUUUUUUUUGUUUGUUCCGUAAGUUCAAUCGCAAUUUGAAAGCAAUCACGUAUCGCGGCUCUCGAUGUGUUUCAAUCGGAUUUUGUUUCGUUUUCUUGGUCUGAUAGUACGUAAUGUGCAAAAGUCAAUGUGCUUAGUUUUAUAUCAAGUUUUGAUUUUUACUCAAAAUAAUGUUUUACUUUUCGAUAUUUUACAGUUCCAACUAAAGAUCAAUAGCAUGUAAACUACAAUUAAGUUAAAAUAUUUAUAACAAAAGGGUGUAAGCUUAGUCAAAACGAGUCCACGAAACAACGUGUUUCAACCAUAUCAGUUUCGUUAAAGUAAGAUUUAUAAUAUAAAAACAAACACAAAUGUAGUAACAAUCGACAGCACUGAACAGUAACAAAGAAAAAUACCUCCGGAACAUCUUCCAAAUCUCCCCCCAGAAAAAAAUAAACAGAAAAAUUCAUCACUUCGCGAUCGUCAAGCGACGGAACCCAUUUUUAAGUGCCAUAUAAGUUCGCUAAAUCCGAAUGUAGGACUCGAACUCACACUAUUUACAUCAGUCUUGCCCAAACCAAAUGCAUCACAUUUGAAAACCAGCAAUCCUAGUAAGCCGAUUGUGGAAUGUCGCUGCAUGGCCUCCUUAAAAAUAAUGGAAAUUGUUGUCUCACAAAUCGAAGAAACUGUAGGUAUCCACUGACUAAACGAGAGAAAUCUACGCAGAGAACUUCAUGUCGAAUCAUGACACAACCUCUGAAACCCAAACAACCCUAGACGAAUUGUUAAUUUAGUUGUAAAGAAUAUUUACAAAAAAAAACAUAAACCUAAACUGUCAUAAGCUAGCUUAAUGAGACUAAGGAAUUUUGCGGGAAGCGUCCGUCGUCUGAAGACGACGACGGCGAAAUCCUUUCCGAUGACUAUAUGAAUAAAGUUGAAUGGAAAAUA